CCACGUGCCGGCGCCCCCUGUCUGGCCAGCCCGGCUCAGCCCGGCUCAGCCCUGCCCUGCCCUGCCCAGACUGUGGGCGAGGCUGUUCCCGCGGCCGGUGGGUGGGAGGUCCCAGCUCCCUGGGGCCGGGCCUCGCCAGCACCCUCCCUCCCCCACACCCGCGUCCCUGGCCCCCAUUUGCUUACACCCAGGCCUUCCUCCACCACUCCUGCUUUUGCCCUUCUCCUUCCUCCUCUCACCUCCCUCCCCCCCGCUCCCCUAACUUUGCCAGGCUCCUUUUCCCUUCCAUCCAUCUUAAAGGAAGGAAGGGACGGGCUGAGUUCUCCCACGAGGGACACACCCAGAUUUUCCUGCAACUUGGGGAGAGGUCGUCCCAAGAGCCUUGGGUCCCUCCUGGCCUGCAGGAGUCCUUAGCCAGAAUGGAGGCUGUCGUGAACUUGUACCAGGAGAUGAUGAAGCAUGCAGAUCCCCGGAUCCAGGGCUACCCUCUGAUGGGGUCCCCGCUGCUAAUGACCUCCAUCCUCCUGACCUACGUGUACUUCGUUCUCUCACUUGGGCCUCGCAUCAUGGCUAAUCGGAAGCCCUUCCAACUCCGUGGCUUCAUGAUUGUCUACAAUUUCUCACUGGUGGCACUCUCCCUCUACAUUGUCUAUGAGUUCCUGAUGUCGGGCUGGCUGAGCACCUAUACCUGGCGCUGUGAUCCUGUGGACUAUUCCAACAGCCCUGAGGCACUUAGGAUGGUUCGGGUGGCCUGGCUCUUCCUCUUCUCCAAGUUCAUUGAACUGAUGGACACAGUGAUCUUUAUUCUCCGAAAGAAAGACGGGCAGGUGACCUUCCUACAUGUCUUCCAUCACUCUGUGCUUCCCUGGAGCUGGUGGUGGGGGAUAAAGAUUGCCCCGGGAGGAAUGGGCUCUUUCCAUGCCAUGAUAAACUCUUCUGUGCAUGUCAUAAUGUACCUGUACUACGGAUUGUCUGCUCUUGGCCCUGUGGCUCAACCCUACCUUUGGUGGAAAAAGCAUAUGACAGCCAUCCAGCUGAUCCAGUUUGUCCUGGUCUCACUGCACAUCUCCCAGUACUACUUUAUGUCCAGCUGUAACUACCAGUACCCAGUCAUAAUUCACCUUAUCUGGAUGUAUGGCACCAUCUUCUUUGUGUUGUUCUCCAACUUCUGGUAUCACUCUUAUACCAAGGGCAAGCGGCUGCCCCGUGCACUUCAGCAAAAUGGAGCUCCAGAUCUUGCCAAGGUCAAGGCCAACUGAGAAGCAUGGCCUAGAUAGGCACACACCUAAGUGCCUCAGGACUGCACCUUGGGCAGUAUCCAUCAGUGCCCUCUUCACCUACACCUGUGACCAAGGCUUACGUGGUCAGGACUGAGCAGGGGACUGGCCCUCCCCUCCCCACAGCUGGUCUACAGGGACCACCGCUUCCGUUCAUCACCUACUUCCCCCGGCCAGCUCCAGGGACGUGGCCUCAUUGCUGUCUGCCACUCCAGAGCUGGGGACUAAAAGGGCUGGACAGUUACUUCCCCCUCCCUACCUUAAACUUGGGAGAGGAGCACUCAGGGCUGGCCCCACGAGGGUCUCGUGGCCUUUUUCCUCACACUAAAGAGGUCAGCAAUAACCUGUCACUGUGGACCCAGUCUCCUUCCUCCGCCCCAGAUGCUGAAGCGUUAGCUUCUGGGCCAAAGGUCAGGGUGGGCGGGGGCCUGGGAGUACAGCCUGUAGAGGCUGCUUACUCACUUGUCUUAAUUAAAAGUGACAGAGGAAACCA